AGGAUUUACGUUAGUUCCGGGAGACGCGUUGGCAAUUUCCUAAACACAUUCCAGUUACCUCAGUCAGUUUCGGAGGCCCCGGACCGGAGAAAGAGUGAGAGUCGUUGUGUGUUUCACCAGCUGGACGAAGUACUGCUGAGAUAGAGGACCGGACAUCGCGUUGAUAUGAACAGGCUGCCCUGAGAUGGACACAGAGAUGAUUCCUAAAUUUUCAUCAAAGGAUGAGGAGGUUGAUUAUUGGAAAACACAAGCCCUGAAAUAUAAGAAAAGUUGCCAAGAUGCUCAAGAAGAGCUGCAAGAGUUCCAGGAGGGGAGCCGGGAACUGGAAGCUGAACUGGAGGCUCAGCUCAGUCAGGCUGAACACCGGCUUCGAGAUUUACAAGCUGAAAACGAGAGACUGAAGAACGAGGUGUCAAACUACAAGGAAAAGCUAGAGCAGCAGUAUGCUCAGAGUUACAAGCAAAUUUCCAUGCUGGAGGAUGACCUGAGCCAGACACGCAGCAUCAAGGAGCAGCUACACAAAUAUGUGAGAGAACUUGAACAAGCCAAUGACGACCUGGAAAGAGCCAAAAGGGCAACAAUAAUUUCACUAGAAGACUUUGAGAGCCGUUUGAACCAGGCCAUCGAGAGAAAUGCUUUCCUUGAGAAUGAGCUAGACGAGAAGGAGUCCCUCCUUGUGUCUGUGCAGCGGCUGAAAGAUGAAGCCAGAGACCUGAGACAGGAACUGGCAGUACGAGAGCGGACUGCUGACAGAAUGUCCGCACCGAGCUCGCCAACGUCAGACAUCGACAAGACUGAUCCUGCUGUACAGGCCUCUUUAUCCCUUCCUGCGACACCUGUAGGAAAGAGCAUAGAGCACGCUUUCAUUAGCCAAAAGGGAUUGACCAAUGGCUGCGGUGGCUCCGCCCUCACCCCUUCAGCCAGGAUCUCGGCGCUUAAUAUAGUUGGAGACCUUCUGAGAAAAGUUGGGGCUUUGGAAUCCAAACUUGCAGCUUGUAGGAACUUUGCCAAAGACCAGGCAGCAAGGAAAAAAUACUCCGCAGACAUGGGCGUGCUCAUCAACAGCAACGCUACAAAGUUCUCGCACCCCCUACACACAACCUACUUUGAAACAACGACUGUUAAUGGACUGGACCCAAGCUCCAUGGCACCGUCUAGAGCCAUGCCUCCACCGGGCAUGCUGCCUCUAAGUGUGUGAGGAACCCAUUCAAACCUCUGCUUAAUCGCCUGUCCAUCCAUUAGAAGCUGCCUACAGACAGAACACAUGGGCUGGUGUGUGUGUGUGUGAGAGAGAGAGACUAAGUUAAAGAUUGUUCACCGGGUGCGAGCGUGCAUGUUUGAGUUUGACAGGUGCACGAAAUAUAAAACUAAAUAAUGAGCGUGCCUCCAGGUUGCAGCUCUAAGUGCAUCCAGGUGUAGGUGCUCAGCCAUUUCUGCAUAUGUUACUACAACAAACUUGCAUGUGCCUAAAGUAGAGCCCUACAGUGCUUGUUAUGGUCUCUAGAUGUCAACCUCCAUGCUGCAGCACUAACUCAACUUCUCAAAAAAACUUGAGGGCCCUCAACAGACCACAGCUUCCUUUUGAUUUUUUUUUUUUCUUUAUGUAUAUUCUCUUGAAUUGCACAACUAAACUAAUUUAUAUUUUCGAAUGUGUAAUAUUUAAAAAGGGAUCUGCUCAUUUGAGCUAAUUUAUUUCAUAUGCUUUGAAAUGCAUUUUUCCUGUUUGUUACUUUUUUGCAUGUGUGCACAUGGUUGCAGAAGUACGGAUGGACCCCGUGCUGAAGAGACGGACCGAAGUGAAUGUUGAUUGUCCAAAGCCAUGUAACACAGUCGUUGCUGUUUUUCCUCAACACUUGCUGCUCUUAAACUAACUGCCCCCUCGGAGGUCUUUUUUUUCCUAGCAUUUGAGCAGAUUUCUCUGUAGAAGUUCACUUAGAAUUUUAAGAAAACAGUUUUGCCUUUUUUAUGUUUGACUUCAUUGUGAUGUGAUAUCUUUUUGGGUGUGAAUUUGGCCCUAAAUCUCCCACCCCCUGUAAUGGAUUCUCAAAGCCAAACAAGAUGUUGAAAAAUCUUUUUCACUGUUUGUUUUACUAAACCUAUUUGAAUUAAAUGCAUCAUUUCAGCAUUUGUGCAAUGCAGGACUGACACUCUUGUUUUUCAUUAGUAUUAAUUUGGCAUAAACAUUUGUCUUGGCAGCUUAUGUUAUUGACUUUGUAUCCAUUUUGCUUCUCACAGAUCACAUUUUUAAAUCCUCAGUAGCCUGAAGUAUAAUUUAAAGGUUAGUUGUUAUUUGUAUUUAUGAGAUCUCACUUUAGACACCAGGAGAGCCUGUUACUGAAGUAACUUCCACAGCAAGUUUGUACAGUAGGGUUUAUAGAUGGUGAAAAUUUGCUUACCUGUACAUAGACAUUUGGCAUUAAAGUCCUAUUUAUUUCAGAUUCUGUAUGGCAUGUAUUGAGAUGAGUUUUGUUAUGAUACAGUGGUUCCAGCCAUUGUAAUAUGAUGUUAUAUUGUCAGAAUUGUUGAAGUAAAUAAAGAUUGAGAUAUUAAA